GUUUUGGAAGUUUUGGGCAAAUUAACAAUCUAUCACCACGUUUAAACCCGCUUCGAAGAUGAUUUUCGCCUGUCAGAAGGACAGUUACUUGCAGCACCUUAAAACAAAGGUCGUUAAGUGCGACGCGGCCUUCCUUGAAGUCCUAACCAACGGUAAGAAAGAAAAGCAGGCAGGUUACGAGCUCGUACUCGAAGAUACCGUGCUCUUCCCCGAGGGUGGGGGCCAGCCCGACGACCGCGGCACGGCGAACGGAGUGCCGGUGCUGCGUGUGUUCCGAAAGAACGGCCAUGCGAUCCACUUCGUUCAUUCCCCGUUCACCGUAGGGGAGGAAGUCGCACUCGAGGUGGACUGGACCCGCCGCUAUGACCACAUGCAACAGCACUCGGGACAACACCUCAUCACGGCGGUGGCGGAAGACCAGCUCAGCUGGCGCACCACAUCUUGGAGCCUGGGUGACGAAGUCAGCUUCGUCGAGCUCGACGCCCCAGCGGGGAUCCAAGCCGCCGGCGUCCAAAGAUUAGAAGCGGCGGUGAACGAGAAGAUACGGGAGUGCGUCCCCGUUUCCGUGAAGCUCUACGAACAUGGGUCUGAGGAACUGAACGGCGUGCGGACGCGGCUAAAACUUCCCGAAGGCGAAGGAGACUCAAUACGCGUCGUCACGAUAGCCGGCGUCGACUCCAACACGUGUUGCGGCACGCACGUGUCGAACCUGAGCCACCUCCAAGCGAUCAAACUGUUGUACACCGAGAAAGGGAAGCAGGGAAAGACGAACUUGUACUUUCUGGUGGGGAACAGGGUCUUGGGGUAUCUGGACAAAGCGGUGAAGAGGGAAAGGUCCCUCAACACGCUCCUCAAGUGCGGGCCGGAGGAGCAUGCUGCCAUGGCCGAGAAGUUGGCCAAGUCACUGAAACUCGCCAACAAGAAUGCCCUGUCGGUGUUGAGGGACCUGGCUCUCGCGGAGGCCAAGCUUUUCAAGCAGCUCGAUCCAUUGCCCAAGUUCUUCUCUUUCCACCGGCGGGAGGCGGACGCAGAGUUCAUGUCUAUCUUCGUGAAUGAGGUGGUGGUGAAGAGCUCUUUGUAGCUGACCCUAGCUUCGGCAUUGCGACAGCACCCGCUGUUGUCCUGCUAGGCGCGAGGCUUCCUCUCCCUGCUUUGCAACUAGCUAUCAGCCACCUGCCUUGCCACCUACAAGAGACCUGACUCUCCAAGCGCCCAACCCAGACAUGCUCGCUGGCAUUCUUGCUCCCUGGCCUCCCUCCCGCCGACCCUCCAACACACGAGCUGCCUGCUGUCCACCCGCUCGUUCCCGGUCAGCACGCUGCCAUUGCAGCUCUUGCUGCAGCUCAGCCUCGUGCCAUGGCUGCCCUGGUUCCUGUGGGCCACGAAAGGUCAGAUGGAAUGGUAAGAAAUGCACUAGAUAGGCUUUCCAGCAUAUUCUUCCUGUUUUGCUUCAACGGAUAGAUGUAACACCGAGGGUUCAAAUAUGGUGCCCGGUAGCGUCUCCGACUGGUGUGUUUGCCGCGUCAAACACUCCCAAAAUUUGGUUUGAUGAACAGUAGGCUUAGGUAAAUGUUGGCUCGGAGAAAUUUUGUUUUUCUUUUGAAUCUUGAUAAAAGUAAUGUCAUGCACUCAAACUUUCGCAUUUUAUUACAUCCGCUAGCGUUAGAUUCUCACGGAGUUUCAGCUUUCUGCAAUGAUUAGUUUCUCUAUCCGGGUUGAAAAGCAGGGUAUCAUUUUCUCUAUCAAUUCCUGUAUAAUAUGCUCGCAAUAAUUCAAACUCGUAUAUUUCAUACUCCUGGGUAAUUCAAACAAAUUAAAAACAUUUUGGUUCUCCCAUUUUGUUUUCAAUGUAAUUAGAAGUCGCUUAUUUCAAACGGUGUUUUCGUGCAAUUCAGACCUUUUGUUCUCGCGGCACCGUUCAGCGCACUUCUUUCCGAGCACCAACGCACCGCGGAAAAGCAACACCG